GAGAUGAAUGUUGGCUCCAUGUGAGAUCUCGAGGCCUUGGGCUGUCUCUUAUCCUGUCUUAUCUUCUUAUCUUCUUAUCGGUCCGGUCCUAGCGCGGAAGAACAUCGGCAUUCACAUGAAGGACGGACUUCUUCAAUCUCUGGCACAGCUUCCGCGCGUUUACGCUGCUUUGUUGAGCUGCAUCUUGAGAGCACCAGCCUACCAUCAUCUCGCGACUCAGCAGCCUUUAUCGGGAUGGAUCGCGAUCGGGGUCGAAGGUACGACGACGGCGAGGUCGUUAGAUACGGCGCCGGCGAAUCAUGGCGUCCUACACCCCGUGGAGGAGGAGGCGCUGCCUCGCCUGGCGAUAGGAACAACAGAUCGCCACCCCGAAGACCACGAAGCCCUGCGCCACGCGACAGAGACCGAUCUCGACCACCACUACCGCGUAGCCCACGACCACCGAGGAGUCCUCGACCUCGCAGCCCACCCGUGCCCUCGUCUGACAGUUACGUGCCCGGACGACUUCCACCUAGGCGGCGGACUCCAAGUCGCGGUCGUAUUCCCGUAGGCGACCGCUAUAGGAGAGAUCGAUCACGAGACCGCGACAGCCCUCCGCGACGUAGGGAACGUUCGCGCUCACCGAUACGAAGAGGAUCACCCCCUCGGCGAAGCAUAUCGCGACGACCAAGCCCUCCACGACGGCCCUCCCCCGGCAGACUAGAUCGCUUUGACCGACCCAGAUCACCCCCACCGCGUCGAGAUUGGGGACGGGACAGAGACUUUGACCGCGACAACAGGCGUGACCCGGAGCGCGAGCGUCCAUGGAAGGAUAGGGACCCAUCACCAGCCAGAGGUCGCGAUUCGGACAGGUUCCCAGACCGGCGCGACGACACAUUUGCCCGACGCAGUCCCAUCCGGGGUGACAUGGGACGCGAGAGACGUCGGUCACGAUCUCCAAUCAGGCGCGAACGAUCCCCGAUUGGCAGGCGAACCCCAAUGUCAGGAGGCAGAGGUGGCUCGUACCGACCUUCUCGAUCGCCCAGCAGGCGACCAGAGCGAUACCAGAACUUCCGUAGAUCCCCAGCCAGGGACUCGAAUCUAUCCUCAGCAAUGAACUCGAGGCCCGAAUCGAGACGCCCUUCACCAGGCCCUGCCCCCAGGAACCGCUCCCCUCUGCCGUCAAGGGACCACUCUCCUGGCCCUCGAGUUCCACUCUCGAGAGAAGCAUCGAGGACCACCCUGCGGGACGACAACGGGUCGGGCCCAAAGUCUCCGCCUCGCGGUCCUGCCGCUCUCCGCGCACCUCCCACGGGACCAGCUGCUAGUCGCAGCUACUCAAACUCGUCUCACCCAUCUACGCCCGGUGCCAAUCGUGCGGAUAUUACCAGCCCGAACCCCGCAAACCCACCUGCUGGACCCCGUGGCUACGUCGCUUCUUCUCGAGGUGGCUAUGCCUCUCGAGGUGGACGUGGAAACUGGUCGCAGUCCACCCCGCGACACAUGAGUAGCGGUCGAGCCGCGAGUCCCUCGGGCUCGGGCGGCGCGCCCACGAUUCCCACCGGUCCUCGCGCCUCGUCCGGUGCUGCCUCCUCCACGCCAACGCAGGGCCGACCUUUCAACCCACCCACGGGUCCGUCCGCCGGUACUCCAGCACCUCGCCAAUCUUUGGCGCAGUCUCUCCUCGCCACCCUUCCUCCGAUUGUGCCUGGCGGCAAGAUCGACCCAACCAUGAUGCCCAUGGUGCUGGGUGUCAGCCGCGAGCUCGAGCCUCACUAUCGCAAACUCCGCGAUGAGGAGGAGAAGUUGCGCGACGAGCUCCGUGCCAAGCAGGAGCGCCUGCGAAAGAGUCUGUACACGUGGGAUCGCAUGGGACGUGAGUCUGCCGCCUGGGAGAUGAGGAGCGAUCUGAGCGAGAGGAGCAUGACCAACCUCGCUGGAGAUGGCUCGAGUGGCGCGGCAUUCUAGCGGACUCGCUUUGGGCAAAAGGAAUAGCACUGUACUAUUUUGUUAGAUUAGCAUUCGCACGCUGGCGUUGGGGCGUCGUCGACAGACUUGACCGAAAUUGAUGAUUUGCAUUUCACAACGCAGUGGCUCUAUGGAUAGGCAUACUUCAGAA